GUUUACAUCCUGUGUUAUAGUUGGAUCAAUUGGAACACCUCCGCACUUAAAGUAUUCUCUUGUCUUACAUGCACAUUCUGAGUGUUAGAAGUACUUUACGACUGUAUUUUCAAUGGCCUUUACAAACAGAAAUCAAGAGCUUGUUGUAAGGGAUAUCGUAGCAGACAGAUUAAGCGACUACUCGGCUGUAGCUAAUGAUGUUUCAUUUGUAGAACAUCUACUGAAAAAUGAGAAGGAUGUCAAUGUGAAGAAUCCUCAAGGUUUCACUCCCUUGAUGGUUGCGGCUAUUAAUGGUAACACAGAACAUAUUCUGCUUUUAUUAGAGCACGGCGCGGAUGUUGAUAUGAGAGAUGACACAGGCAUAUCACCUUUUUUAUUUGUCGCGUAUCUGGGUGACGUAAAAAACAUGGAGGUUCUUGUCAAUAACGGGACAGACGUCAAACAGAAAACAAACGAAGGUAAAAACGCGUUGAUCUUAUCUUCAUAUGCUGGCCAUUUUGACGCUGUAAAAUACCUACUUGACAUUAAACUUAUUGAUGUUAACGGCGUCGAUAAUUUUGAUCUCACUGCACUGAUGUACGCCGCACAAAAGGACAAAGUUGAUGUUCUAAACUUGCUCAUAGAACAUGGGGCAGAUGUCAACAAGCAGAACAGUAGACAAACUACUGCCUUACAUUUUGCUGCGCUUUACGGUAAGGACGAUAACAUCGACGCUUUGAUACAAGCUGGCGCUAACGUGAAUAUUAAGGCAAUGCUUGAUUACAGUGCCGUUCAACUUGCGGCACAUGAAGGCUAUGAGUCGAUCGUAAAGAAGUUACUGGACAACAACGCGGAGAUGAACAUGGAAGAAUAUUCCUCACAGAAGGUUUUCCUGAACUGCUUCACCAGCCUGCAUAUAGGCGUGAAUAUUGUUGAGUUUAAAAAAACAUUUUUUACGUCUGUUGUUGAGAUGGAAUCAAUAAUCACCUACCAACACUAUGUUUACUUAAGGAACAUGAAAGAGAAAGAACGGGCCUUAUUGAACGCUGUUACAGAGGAGAAUGUUACAUUUGUGAAGUAUCUAUUAAAAGGUGGCACAAAUUUAAAUAUAAAAAGUUUUGAAGGAUUAACUCCCUUAAUGUCUGCAGUCAGUACUGGCAACACAAAACUAAUUCUAUGUUUACUUGCAUAUGGCACUGAUGUUAACGCUACAGAUGGCCAAGGUAACACUGCACUAAUGCACGCCGCACAGCAAGAUAAUAUUGACAUUUUGAACAUACUCAUACAGUACAGAUCAGAUGUGAACAAACGUGGCCAUGGCCAGUGUACGGCCUUACAUUUUGCUAUAAUGUUUGGUAAAGCUGACAACGUUCGUAUUUUGAUAGAAGCCGGGGCUGAUGUGGACAUGACAGAAGGUCAAGGCUAUACUCCCCUUUUACUUGCAGCCGAACGAAACCAAUUGAAGAUGGUGACGCUACUGCUGGAGAACAACGCGGAUUCAGACAUGGAAAACGAUCUCGCUCUAAAUGUUCUCCAGCACUGUCUGAUUAACAAUUACACGGACGUGUUCGUGCUUCUGCUUCAGCGAGCAACCCAGUUUGCGCUCUUUGCACACGCGAUAAAUGUAGGACUUAGAUUGUUCUUUUCUGUUUGUACUGGCUUCUUUGAAUUGUUCGUGGCAGCCAUUUCCUACAAAUAA